CCAAGUGAUGCUGCUGCUGCUCAUCUUGGCGUGAGUGCGAUAUCACUUCAUCCCGGCGAGACUCGGGCUCGGACUCGUGCUACUUCCAGCUGUGGCUCAGAACUGUGCGCGAAAUCUACCCGGGAAGGCACGCGUCCGCGGUUUGUGCAAAUGAAUUUGAUCUGUGCGCCAAAUUGACCGGUUAUCGAUAGGAGGUGGGAGCCAGACGACGUAUCUAACAAUAGAACCGUGCUACGAAGUGGAUUAUCUGUUAGUGAAGAUCGUGAUCAUCGGUGAACGUUUCCCAAGUGCGAGAUAGCGGAUUACGCACGUACGCAACGGUAUCGCGUAGAACAUCGGAGCUAACAGGUCAACCGUCUAACCAAUUUAUGACUAAUUUGCGUUGAACGACAGCCGCAAAUUUCUAAUUGAGGCAAUUGACGAUCUACCGCGCGCGCGAUCGGUCAAGUAGGCGAGCUUUGUGUGAGUGAUCGUGAAUCGGGGGACGACUGUCUGUGAACGGUGCCGCGAUCGCAGCAGGUUGUGUGCAAGUGAUAGCGCGCUCGAAAAAUACCAAGACCGAUAAAGUGGCGGCAAAGAUCACCUCUGCUCGCGUGAGUGUAAACAAUAACAAGCCGCAUAACCUCGCGAGAGAUCAUGCUAUGAAAACGCACACACUUGAGCAACACAGGAGGACGAGAAAUGGAGCUGAGCAGCGCGAAUAGUCAACCGAUCAAGAAGAACUCGGUGCCGAGCGGUUGUGAGCUGGGCAUCAACGAGCGAACCGGUCGUCUUCAGUGGUGUCCCGGCUAUCGGUUCGUGAAGGUUCUGUUUGUGAUACCGGCCGCCAUGCUGCCGGUGGCGUUGCUGUUCCUAGUGUUGACGCGGUUCAACGUGGUCGGUUCGGUCAAGUACCCGGAUCGACAAAUGAGCUACUACCCGGAUCACUCGAAUCAGUUGGAAGAGAUUCAGGCUCGCUGUAAGCCGGUGCGGAGUACGCUGUCCGAAGUGCUUGAUGUGGAAGAACGGGACAUCCUGCGAGACUUGCGGACCUCGUUCGUACCGAGCAAGCACGUGGUACAGGUUCUCCCAGCGGAUUGUGUUCAACCCGAACGGUACGAUGAUCUGCUGGCGAUACCAGACGACCCUAGUCAGUCAGACCUGGUUAACAUCUACCGAUCAAAGCGAAGCGCUACCAGACAGAGGCAAACUAGGAAAUCCGUGCCACAAGCUAGCACGUGGAGCAACAAGGGCAGCGCGGAGAGCAUCCGAGCGACACAGGUCGAUAUCAUGAAGAAGUACAUGGAUCUGUCGGCGGAUCCGUGCAACGACUUUUACCAGUACGCUUGCGGUAACUGGGAACGCGUGAAUCCAAUUCCAAAAGAUAAAGCCGGAUUGGAUACGUUUGAGAUUCUGCGGGAGAGUCUGGACAUCGUGUUAAAGAAUCUCCUGCUGGAAACUAGAGACGGCAGUCUGGUUGACAUUGAAAACACUCUCGCUACCACGUUGAAACCACUCGAAACGGAGCACAUCCGGCGAGUGCGGAAGCGGAUCAUCAGGAAGCGAGCCGUGCUCAACAAACUGGUCCUCAAAGCGCAAAUCAAGAAAAAGAAACGAGAGCUUUCGACGCACGCUGCGCUGGACAGCGAAGAGAACAAUGCGGAAACGAAGGCACGCCAUCUGUUCAUCUCGUGCAUGAACUACAGCUUGAUCGAGAAGCGGGGACUGCAACCGUUGUUUGAUCUGCUGCAGUCGCUCGGUGGUUGGCCCGUCCUGAAUCCCAACUGGCAGUCGGAAAAUUUUAACUGGCUAAACUUGACAGCGCACAUUAGGAAGUUCAACAAUGACAUCCUGAUCGUAGAGUGGGUUGGUCCGGAUAUCAAGAACUCCGAUGAGAACAUCAUUCAGUUUGACCAAACUUCGCUGGGUCUGCCGACAAGGGAUUACUUCCUGCAAGCGUCGAACAAAAAGUAUCUGGACGGAUACAAACAGUUUAUGAUCGAUGUAAUUGUACUGCUGGGUGUAAAACCGGAAAUUGCUAAGCAAACGGCUGAAGAAAUGAUUGAUUUUGAGGUGCAGCUUGCGAAUAUAACGAGUUCGGUAGAGGAACGUAACAACGUAUCGGUUUUGUAUAGGAAGAUAAUACUGGAAAAUCUACACGAAGAAAUUCCGGAGAUCGAUUGGACUCGCUACCUCUCGAUCAUCAUGGAACGUCCGAUCAACAGUUCGGAGUUUGUGGUUAUGUUUGCGCUGAACUACAUGAAAGACUUGGUGCUGUUGAUUGAUCAAACCGAGCCCCGCACGGUAGCCAACUACAUUCUGUGGCGGUUUGUCCGCCAUCGGAUCAACAAUCUGGACGAUCGUUUUCUGCAGGCGAAGCAAAAGUUCUCCAAUGUGCUUUUCGGAAGAGAGAAGAGUCCGCCCCGCUGGAAGAACUGCGUCAACCAGGUCAACGCAAACAUGGGAAUGGCCGUUGGAGCGAUGUUCGUCAGGAAAUAUUUCGAUGAAAAUAGCAAGAGGGAUACGCUAGCGAUGACACAUGAGCUCCAGCAAUCCUUUCGAGAGAUCCUAAAUGAAACGGACUGGCUCGACACGCCGACGAAGCGGCUUGCCGAGAUGAAGGUAAACGCGAUGUCCUUGAGGAUCGGGUAUCCGGACUUUAUUCUGUCACACAAAGAGUUGAACGAUAAGUACGCUGAUCUGGAGAUCGCACCGGACAAGUACUUUGAGAACACUCUGCGAAUACUGAGCCACAUACGGCGAACGGAUCAGAACAAAAUUGGCCAAACGGUGAACAAGACGGCUUGGCAUACGGCUCCGGCCGUUGUCAACGCCUACUAUAGCAGAAACAAGAAUCAGAUCAUGUUCCCGGCUGGGAUCUUGCAGCCUCCCUUCUACCACCGAUACUUCCCCAAGUCGAUGAAUUACGGUGGAAUCGGAGUGGUGAUUGGACACGAGCUGACGCACGGGUUCGACGACAAGGGACGGUUGUUUGACCGGGACGGAAAUCUGUACCGCUGGUGGAGCGAUCACGCGAUUGAGGCGUUCCACCAGCGCGCUUCCUGUCUGGUUCGACAGUAUGGCAAGUACACGAUCGACGAGGUGAACGUACAGAUCGACGGUGAAAGCACCCAGGGCGAAAACAUUGCCGACAACGGAGGCAUCAAGCAGGCCUUCCGAGCGUACACCAAGUGGCUGUCGGAGCAGACCGAUCCGGACGUGCUGAGCGGGGAGACUCUUCCCGGACUGAACGUCACCAACACGCAGCUGUUCUUCUUGAAUUUCGCUCAGGUCUGGUGCGGCGCGAUGCGACCGGAAGCGACGCGGAACAAGCUGAAAACGGCCGUGCACAGUCCGGGUAAGUUCCGGGUCAUCGGGACGCUGUCCAACUCGGAGGACUUUGCGCGCGAGUUCAGCUGUCCGGUGGGAACUGCAAUGAAUCCUGGCGACAAGUGUAGCGUGUGGUGAGGAGGACGGUUCUAAGCUGCAGAGUCAUUCCCAGUGGUGUGUAUAGAGCGUGAGCAAUAAAUCGAUAUUACUGAAUAGCUUUAA